AUGGCAACACUUUCCUUUACACUGACGCGUGUACAUCCCAACGUGGCAUAUCUACCUCCGAACAUAAAUGUUAAGAUUUCUUUUUAUUAUUUUCCUCGCAACACUUUUUCUUUGUAUCUCUUCCUAGUUAGUGAGUUUUUCACUUGUUUCGAGUACGAAAUCACCACCUCCAAAAAACAAUGGCAACUUUCUUUCCCUAUGAUUGUUGGCAACGUUUUCUUGGGGAAAAAAUCAGAAAUGGCAAAUGUUAUACAAGCUCUUAUGCAAAAGAUAGACUAUACGGAGGAUUCUUUGACAGAUCCACGAACAAAAGACUGGUUUCUUAUAGAAAACAACCCACUAAAAGUAUGGUGCCUAACUGCCUUAUACAUUCUUUUUGUUAUAUAUGGACCAAAAUAUAUGCAGAACCGGAAAGCUUAUGAUUUGCGGAUCUUUAUGAUUGUCUACAAUCUGGCAAUGGUUGUUUUAUCUUUAUAUAUGUUUAUUGAGAUUAUAUUGAGUACACAGUCCUUGGGUUACAGAGUUGUUUGUGCACCUUAUACAAAACUAAGUAUUCAAAAUCCAAAAGAAAUGAGGUUGGCUAAAGUUUUAUGGUGGUAUUUUUUUUCCAAAGCCGUUGAACUAAUGGACACUGUCUUGAUGAUAUUACGAAAGAAACAUGAUCAAGUAUCUUUCCUACAUGUCUUUCAUCAUGCAACCAUGUUAAAUAUUUGGUGGUGGGUCAUGAUGUUUAUUCCUGGAGGACUGUCCUGGUUUGGUGCAUGCCUAAAUUGUUUCAUCCAUAUUGUUAUGUACACCUAUUAUGGCCUAUCAGCAGUACCUUCACUCAAGGGAAAAUUAUGGUGGAAAAAGUAUAUUACCAAAUUGCAGUUGAUUCAGUUUUGUAUCACAUUUGGGCACUCAGCAAAUUCUAUACGAAUACAAUGUGACUUUCCUCGUUGGGGCCAGUAUUUACUAACAGGCUACAUGAUCAUCAUGGUUAUUCUGUUCAGCAAUUUCUACAUUCAAGCAUAUAUUAAAGGCAGAAGGAAUCCCAAAGGGCAACAAGAGCAUUCACAGAAGCAAAAGAAAAAAAAUGUGCAUAAUGGGAAUAUUAAUGCUACAAGCAAGCCCAUUCAUGGAUGA